AUGCUCAUCGACGCAUUCAAUCUCUGGUUAUAUGUGCCGCAGGGCCCACCGAAGACCAUUGAGGGUCUUGUCCAAUUAUUGCACAACGCGUCACUGAUCCUGGAUGACAUCGAAGACAAUUCGGAAUUGCGGCGAGGGCAACCCGCCGCGCAUCUUGUCUAUGGAACCCCGCAAGCGACGAACAGUGCGACAUUCAUGUUUGUCCAAGCCAUCCAGGAAGCCCGACGACUGAGAAUUCCGCAAUCCAUGGACGUCAUUCUCGAGCACGCUGAACGUCUCCAUCUAGGCCAGAGCUGGGAUCUGUACUGGAGGUUCCACAAUCAGUGUUCGUCUGAAAGUGAGUACAUGGGUAUGGUGGACGAUAAAACAGGGGCCAUGUUCCAGAUGCUGGUGGGUAUUCUCCAAGCGGAGAGCCCGGCCUGUCCCAGUUUGGAUUUGACCAUAUUGACGGUUCUAUUGGGGAGGUUUUUCCAAGUACGGGAUGAUUACAUGAACCUCCGGUCGUCGGACUACACGGAGCAAAAGGGGUUCUGUGAAGAACUUGACGAAGGAAAGUAUUCCUUUUUAAUAGUCCAUCUCAUUCAUGAAUGCCCCGACGCAAAGAGCUCCGUCACCAGUCUCUUCCAGCAGCGCCAGGAGAAGUUGUCCCGCGAAAACAAGGAGUUUAUUCUUGACCUUCUCAAAAAAGCAGGGACCUUCAAAGCUACCCUCAACUAUCUGAAGCAGACUGAGGCACAUAUCGAAGAGGAGAUUGAGAGGCUCGAGGAACUCGGCGGGCAACCAAACCCUCUCUUGCGGUAA